CCAGAUAUAAAUUAACCUAGUUGCCCUGGUUUACCUACUCACACACGAGGUGUCAGGAGGAACAGAGGCUUCUCACAAACGAGGACAAGACCAAAUCGGGCAUCAUGGUUAAAGUUGGCAUCAACGGAUUCGGCCGCAUUGGGCGUCUGGUGACCCGUGCUGCUUUCCAGUCCAAGAAAGUAGAGAUUGUGGCCAUCAAUGACCCUUUCAUUGACCUAGAUUACAUGGUCUACAUGUUCAAGUAUGACUCCACCCAUGGACCGUACAAGGGUGAAGUUAAGGCUGAAGGUGGCAAGCUGGUCAUUGACGGUCAUGCCAUCAUGGUCUUUAGCGAGAGGGACCCAACCAACAUCAAAUGGGGUGAUGCAGGUGCUCAAUACGUGGUGGAGUCCACUGGAGUAUUCACCACCAUUGAGAAGGCUUCUGCUCACCUUAAGGGUGGUGCCAAGAGAGUCAUCAUCUCUGCCCCCAGCGCUGAUGCCCCCAUGUUUGUCAUGGGUGUCAAUCAUGAGAAAUAUGACAGUUCUCUUAAAGUUGUCAGCAAUGCCUCAUGCACUACCAACUGUCUGGCUCCCUUGGCCAAGGUCAUUAAUGACAACUUUGUCAUCGUCGAAGGUCUUAUGAGCACUGUGCAUGCUAUUACAGCCACCCAGAAGACUGUUGAUGGACCCUCAGGGAAACUCUGGAGGGACGGCCGUGGUGCCAGUCAGAACAUCAUCCCAGCCUCCACUGGAGCUGCUAAAGCUGUGGGCAAAGUCAUUCCUGAGCUCAAUGGCAAGCUAACUGGUAUGGCCUUCCGUGUCCCCACCCCCAAUGUGUCUGUGGUGGAUCUGACCGUCCGCCUUGAGAAACCAGCCAAGUAUGAUGAGAUCAAGAAGGUGGUUAAGGCUGCAGCUGAUGGCCCCAUGAAAGGCAUUCUGGGAUACACCGAGGAUCAGGUGGUGUCCACUGACUUCAAUGGGGAUUGUCGCUCAUCCAUCUUUGAUGCUGGUGCUGGUAUUGCCCUCAAUGAUCACUUUGUCAAACUGGUCACAUGGUAUGACAAUGAGUUCGGUUACAGCAACCGUGUCUGUGACCUGAUGGCACACAUGGCCUCCAAGGAGUAGAUGUGACCCUCUUGCCGUUUUGAUGUGACAUGCCGUUCUCCCAUCUGAUUGGAUUCUUGCUCCGCAUGCCUAAAGGGGAAAAUGCUUAAUUUGAAGACCAAUGUUAUUUUUAUAUGGAAACGCUCUGUUCUGUUACUGUGUGAGGUUUAAAAUAGAUGUUGACUUCAAAGGCAUUUCUGUCUGCUUGCGACCUGUGACUGAAUAAAGUCCUCUGUUUGUGAGACAUGAAGAAA